GGAUCUGGUGGACUAGUCCUGCUCCGAAGGCCAGCGUCCACCAAUCGGCGGGUGGGACCGUGAGGGGAACCUUGUCUAAGGGACGCUCACUGCCGGCAGCCCGGUGCACUCGAGGCCGCGCCCGGCCCUCCCGCACGCGCACUUGCCUCCUUCCGCCGCGGCGCGUCUCGGAUCCCGCCAUGGAGCGUCAAGUCCAGCGGCUCCGCCAGGCGUUCCGCUCUGGCCGCUCGCGACCCCUGCGGUUCCGGCAGCAGCAGCUCGAGGGCCUGUGUAGGAUGGUGCAGGAGCGGGAGAAGGACAUCGUGGAAGCCCUCGCCGCGGACCUGAGCAAGAGUGCACUCAAUGCGUACAGUCAUGAAAUCAUUAGUAUACUUGGGGAAAUUGAUUUUAUGCUGAGGAAUCUUUCUGACUUGGCUUCUGCUAAACCAGCAAAGAAGAACCUUCUUACCAUGAUGGAUGAGGUCUAUGUUCAACCAGAGCCUUUGGGAGUUGUACUGAUUAUUGGAGCUUGGAACUAUCCUUUCGUUCUUACAAUGCAGCCACUGGUGGGAGCUAUCGCUGCAGGAAAUGCUGUGAUUGUCAAACCUUCAGAACUAAGUGAAAAUACAGCCAAGCUCUUGGCUAAGCUCCUCCCUCAAUAUGUAGACCAGGACCUGUAUGCUGUUAUUAAUGGUGGUGUUGAAGAAACCACAGAACUUCUGAAGCAGCGAUUUGAUCACAUUCUCUAUACAGGAAACACUGCAGUUGGAAAAAUUGUCAUGGAAGCUGCUGCCAAGCAUCUGACCCCUGUGACACUGGAACUGGGAGGGAAAAGUCCAUGUUACAUUGAUAAAGAUUGUGACCUGGACGUUGCUUGCAGACGCAUAACCUGGGGAAAGUACAUGAAUUGUGGUCAAACCUGUAUUGCUCCUGACUACGUUCUCUGUGAAGCCUCCCUCCAGGAUCAAAUUGUACAGAAGAUUAAGGAAACAGUCAAGGAUUUUUAUGGGGAAAACAUAAAAGCUUCUCCUGAUUAUGAAAGGAUCAUCAAUCUUCGUCACUUUAAGAGAAUACACAGUUUGCUUGAAGGACAAAAAAUAGCUUUUGGUGGGGAGACCGAUGAAGCCACAUGCUAUAUAGCUCCAACCGUACUUACUGAUGUUGAUCCUAAAACUAAGGUGAUGCAAGAAGAAAUUUUUGGACCAAUUCUUCCAAUAGUACCUGUGAAAAAUGUAGAUGAAGCCAUAAAUUUCAUAAAUGAUCGUGAGAAGCCCCUGGCUCUCUAUGUAUUUUCUCGUAACAAUAAGCUCAUCAAACGGAUGAUUGAUGAGACUUCCAGCGGUGGUGUCACAGGAAAUGAUGUCAUCAUGCACUUUACUGUCAAUUCUUUGCCCUUUGGAGGUGUGGGUUCCAGUGGGAUGGGAGCUUAUCAUGGAAAGUAUAGUUUUGAUACUUUCUCUCAUCAACGUCCAUGUUUAUUAAAAAGUUUAAAGGGAGAGAGUGUUAACAAGCUCAGAUAUCCACCCAACAGUCAGUCCAAGGUCAGUUGGGCAAAAUUUUUCCUGCUGAAGCAGUUCAAAAAAGAAAAACUCCAGCUCCUGUUGCUCAUGUUCGUGGGUGUGGUGACAGCUGUGGUUGUCAAGAAAUACCAAGCUGUGCUGAGGAAAAAGGCCCUGUUGGUUUGUCUGGUAGUUCACAGACUGCAUUGGUCCAGUAAGCAGUGAUGAACAGAUUUCAAAUCCCAGCUCUAUCUGUUGAGUGAGAUUCUAUACUACUGAAGAAUGAUCCUGUUCAACCUCCUGCUAGCCUCAACUGAAUUAUUCCUCUACUUAAAUGGUUAACAAACCAAUAAUUUACAAAUCUACUUGAACCAGAAAGUACGCAGAUACACUGUAAUCAAAUCUAAAAGUCAUCGCCACUCACCAUUGAUGAAGUGUGUUAUUUAAGCCAAAUUCCAACAUUUUUCAGCAGUGAAUAUAUUCAGAGAACUUAGAUUAGGCUGAGGGUAAGAAUGUGUCAGGCUAAGUCCCAGAUCUGUAGGGAUAUAGGGUGACCCAGAAGCUACUCCCAUCACUUUUUUGCCCCAGGCCAUAGGACUUGCCACUUAUGCCUCUCUGCUGCCAUCCAUAGAUAAAGCUCUUAAGUGCUCAGCACUGCCCAGGCUUGUCUGGAGAGGUUAGGUCUUCUCAGCUCACUUUGAGGAUUGAGGCACCAAAAGUGGGAGACGUGGACAUGUGUACCUCAUCCUUGGGACUUGAGAACACUGACCUUCACAAAUCCACUCUCUGGUUAGACAUCCUUUCUUCAUUUCCAUCACUUGGAAUGUGUUAGGACUGUCCUCAGUGCCUUUUGUGACUACUUACACUACACUGAGCCAGAAGGCCAAGAAGCAGUGCCUUUUUUGUGUGAAUAAUUUCACUCAGAGCAUCUUGUAAAUGCUAGGACUUCCUAAGAUCUUUACCAGUACAUACACACAUUACCUGUCACUUGUAUGAUGUUGGAGUUUCAGAAUUCAUCUUAUUAAAGCCUAAGUGGCAUUUAAUGAAAGUAGUAAUAAAAAAUACUGCUACGUGCAAAUACUGCUAUGUGCAGUGGUGUAUCCUGUGAUCACAGCUCUUCCAGAGGCUAAAGUCAGCCUGGGCAACCCAGUGAGGACCCUCCUACUCUCUUCCCAGAUCUCCUCAUGCUCUUAAAGUUGCAAGUUAUAUAAAUCAGGGAUAAAUCUUUUGCUUAUUUUAGCACAAUGCAAGGAAAUUCCACUUUUUAAAACUUUAGCCAGAUCCCUUUCUGAAUAAAUUCAGCCUACAAAACUUAAAGUAGGGGGACCAUUUCCUGUCAUGGAAAAAGAGGUUAUUAGGAUUUGAGGCUUGAGAACUUCAUUGAAACACAGAUGAUGGGACCUUUAGAGAAGUUUGGAGAACACUGUAAGCUGGUGGAACAUCCUGAGGGGAGGAGGAUGGCUAAAGGAGCUCUUGACCAAUGAAAUGAAUGAGAAUCCAGAGCUUGAUGUGUCCAGGACAUGAGGCACAUCAGCCCAAGUGGAGAAGUGAGAAAGGAGCCCAUGUGGGAUGCCACAGUCCCUGCUCCUGUCCAGGACAGGGCUGGGCCCGAGCUCCUGGCUACAGGGACCUCACUACUUCCCUGAGAUUCAAAUAAGACUUGACCCAUUCAGUGAGAAUGUAAUUUGGUUUAUUGAGUGUGUGAUCAUCUUUGUUGAAAAGCUUGCUUCACCAUUAAGGCUGUCUUGAAAUACAACUGUCACAGCAUGAGUGAGGUAUUCAGAACUAAUCAUGGGCCUUCUAUAGCAAAAAGUGGUUUAAGUGCUGAUAACCAUAGAAUAAUCAAAAUAUUUUGCACAGUAUUUCAGUGUAGAAAGGAACUUUUAAUGUAUUAAAUUAUAAAUUAUUAUUUCUAGUCAAGCUAGAAUACUUAUGUACUCUACUAAUCUUCUUUAAAAUAAAUACAUUUCAUAAAAUUAG